CUGUGCUGGUCCGUGCGUAGCGACGCGUAUAUUAUAGCCUAGUUCUGCGUCAAGUUCGAUGUGAUUGUGCAGAACAAUGGGUUACUACAACGUCGAACCAAAUUUAGGAGAAUUACUCCCCGGACUCCCGGAAAAUUUUGAAAGCUUAGAUUUAAACGCCAUCGACGACAAAGACAUCGACGCCUUCUUCUACACGGCCUGCGUGAUUGGACGCAAAGACGUCGUCGAGAAAAUUCUCAAGUUCGGUCAAAAUCCCGAUCUGGUCGUGCAAAAGUCCAUCAAUCCCCCUCUGCAUUUGGCUGUGAUUCAUAACAGAAGAGAAGUGGCCGAAAUACUGCUGAAAUACGGCGCGGAUCCGCAAGUAAAAAACAUAAACGGACUGUUACCUCUGCAGGUUAUUUGCAAAGACGCCCGCGAAGAUUGUUACGAGUGGGCGAAAAUGUUAUUCGUGCUCGGCAACGCCAAAUAUCAGCCGUUGCGAGUUCACGAUCGAACCAUGAUGGGAAAUACACCUCUGCAUCAUGCUCUGAUUCAUAAAAAACAGAAGUUGGCCGAAUUGCUGUUGGAAAAUGGCGCUAAUCCCAAUUAUACUAAUAGGGACGAGGAUACUUCUCUCCAUAUUGUAUGCAAAAUAUCUAGCGACCCUUAUGACUUGGCAAAGAUGUUAUUCGAGCGCAGUGACAAAAAAUAUCAGCCGUUGGACAUCAACGCUCAGAACGAGUUCGGUCAAACACCACUACAUUUGGCUCUGGCUAACGGCCACAUGCGGCUGUCCGAAUUGAUGUUGAGAAAUGGCUCCGAUCCGAAUUCGGCCAACAGAUGGGGAUCAACUCCUUUGCACACAAUUUGCAUGACAAAAAACGACGACGAAGAGUUGGCGAGGAUGUUAUUCGAGUUGAGCGACGGAAAGUACCAUCCGGUAAAGAUCGACACACGGAACCAUAAGGGCCAGACACCUCUACACUUGGCUCUUUUAAACGAGAACCAGAGAAUCACUGAGUUGCUCCUCAGAGCAGGCGCCGACCCGAAUAUCGUCAACGAGGAUAGAACCCACCCUCUGCAUAUUAUUUGCAAGACAUUCUGGUAUGUCGACAUGAUCGAGCUAUUCUUCAAGAUCAGCAAAGAAGCAAAUCAGUCGCGAGUAGUAGAAGUCGAUGCUCGGGACAUGUUUGGAAACACGCCGUUGCACUUGGCUUUGCGCAAUUGGGUCAGUAGAGAUGCCGCAUCGCUGCUGAAAAGAGGCGCCAAUCCAAAUUUGACCAACACUGAGGGAUCCACCCCUCUGCACAUGAUAUGCGAAAAUCCCAAGAUUCAAACUAGCUUUGUGAAGACAUUCUUCGAGAUAAACGACGCAAAUAAUCAAACGGUGCAGGUAGACGCUAAGGAUAAUAGGGGAAAUACACCAUUGCAUUUGGCUAUUCGCGGCGACAAUAAGAUGUGUACCGAGUUACUGCUGAGAGCAGGAGCAGAUCCUAAUUUAGCCGAUGCCGAGGGAUUGACACCUCUGCUCAUAAUUUGCGACAAGCAAUACGACGCUGGAUUGGCGAGGAUACUUUUCGAUGUCAGCGAUGACAGAGAUCAGACAGUGCAGAUCGACGUCGCGGAUAAGAAUGGCCUAACGCCGCUGCAACUAGCUGUGCAAAAUCUCUUGCCCUAUGUGGUUGAUGCAAUUUUGGAUCACGGUGCUGAUUUGUCGAACUAUGUUUUUCCCACGAAUUAUUUUAUCGAGAGAUUCAACCCCGAAAAAAAUAAAUCGUGCAAGCUUAAAUUGGAACUGGCCUGUGGCCUGGUGGCCGUCAUCGACCAUUUUGAGAACAGAGGAUACGAAUUUUACCGAAGCGAGGCCCUUGCUAUCAUGAAAUGCUUCGCCGAUUACGGAUUGUUCGAGAAGUCAUCGGAUCUGCAAAAAUGGUACGACGACGAGCAGUUCGCGAGUUGGGCAAAAGACACGAAGAUUUUUCCGAAGAUGGAAGAAUCUCUUCGUAAUAACAGAUUGGAUCGAGAGGCAGAAAAAAACCAGACAAAGACGACUCCUAGUCUAUCGGUUUACGAUCUGUUCCCGCUAGCACCCAAGGAGGCGAAAAAACUGCUCGCAUACAGGGAUGGCUCCGAAUGCGCACGCACGUGGGAUUUUGCAGGAACCAACCGACCAACUCGACAAGAUUUUCUGGACGCCUGCGUCGCGAACGUGUGCGAGAAGCUUUCGAGAAGAUUUUUCCAACGUUGGGCGCUCGAUUGCUACUGGGAGCUGACACAUUAUCGACUGCCGAUCGAGUGCUGUGAAAUGAUCAUCGAUGAUACGUUCACGAACGAGAAUUUGUAUAAUAUUUGUUUGGCGACUGAACUUCAAAUUCCUAAGGACGAUAAAAAAGAAGAAGAAAUAACGAUAUUGAAUGUGAUAAAGCUAGUCAAACAAUGUAAAAUGGCAGAAGAAUAAUAAUCUCAUCGAUGAAUGAAUAUGGCCAAUUCUCUGUCAAGUCGAAUUGGCCCAAAAAAAUUUUUUUGGCCAUUCGAUUCCACAGAGAAUCGGCCAUAUUUGCUUGGGAACUACAAUAUCAGUUCAUGCUGACCAUAAACAUAUAAUUGUAGUACUUUUGAUGCUAUUAAAA